CCCUGACAGGGAAUAUUUGUCCUCUAUAUCCUUUGCAAAACAGUUCUUUCAGAAAAUUUAUCCUGGCAUUAUUUGCAAACGGUACCAGCCACAACACAGCAGCAACAACAACACAGACAGAGCGAUGAAGCGGCUUCUGGUAAGUUCAUGCGGACAUCUCUUUGCGGUAUUCUGAUUACAGCUUGCAGCUGAGGGAACUGAUGGACAAGCACUCGUGGUUUGGGUGUAGCGAGGCAGCAAAAGCGAAAAGAGGAGCGACGAGGCACAGUCACCGGGCUCGGGGCAAAAGAAGCUGUGGGGGAACGGCAGCGCAGCGCAGGCGCAGAGCCGGCUGCGUAGCGGCAGCCACCCGCAGAUCCGGCACCUGGCGAUGGAGGGCCACGCGGGGCCUGUGACCAAGGCGACGAUGGAGGAGAUCCGGCGAGACGCACCGCGGGGCAGCAGCAACUUCCGCAUGAACAGCCUGGGGUCGCCAGUGGCGGACUCGAUUCUCGGGACGUCGCCGGAGAAGUCGCUGGUGAGCAGCGCUCCCUUGACGCCCAGCACUCUGGAGGACCGGCACUCGCCCAGCAGCGACAAGGCGAGCAUUGAGCAGGCGACACCGCAGGCGACACCGCAGGCGACACCGCAGCCGAAUGACAUGCAGGAGGGAGAGUUCCCCAUGCGCACCACCUCGGCAUUGGCCGGCAUGACUGGGCUGCCGGGCAUUGACACAAGCCCGGGAGCACGCAGCACGACACGUGUCGAAAAAAUCAACUCGGCUGUGACGGUGGACAGCGACAAGUCGAUGGGAUUCGGUGCGCUGCCGGGCGACGAGGCUGGGUUCGAUCGGACGUCGCCGGCGGCGCAGGCAGCAGAUGCGGCGAGCCGGCGAGUCAUCAGCGACCGGAUCAAGAACCUGGCGAACCGGUUCAGCCAGUCCAACCUGGGCGAGGCAGCCGAGACAUCCGAGGCACUGCCGCUGACAACCCCGGUGAUUGCGCGGCGGCACUCGAACUCGCCGUCGGUCUCGGAGCGUGUGUCGCUGUUCGACGGGUCGUCGCAGGGAACAAAGGAUGCGCGCAGUAUAGCGGCGCUGUUUGGCAAAUUCGGCGAUGCCAGCGCUGCUAGUCCGGGCGGCAGGCAUAGCCGGGCGUCGUCAGUUGCCGGGGGAUCGGUCAGGCAGCGGGCAGAGACACUUGAGGCUGGGCCAGAGACCAGCAGCCAGGCAAGCCUCCCUGAGAGCAGCGGUGAGCAUGCGGAUAAGCCAUCGGAGCUGGAAGAUGCAGAGGGCUUCCCGUACCGGGUGCCGCACGUGGACACGCCUGGCGGCAGCUCAUUCGCCAGCGAUCUGAGCGACGAGGGUCUGUACCGGUCGCGGCUCAAGGCAAUGACAAGCGAGCCGACGGCUACGAUUGCGGCCGGCGUGCAGGUCAGCUUCACGCAGUCGCAGGGCAGCCUGGGGGCAGAGAAGGAGACGCAGGCGGCGUUGCGUGGGCUGCGCAGCGACGGACUGUCGAAGCGACGCGGCUCGGUACACACAGCAUUUGGCGAGCCAGACAGCCUGCGCAUUGUCACCGACCCAGUGGCCAUCAGCGACGCCUACCGCGGGGUGUCGCCGCGCACCAGCAUCGGAGCAAAGCUGGCCACGGAGGCGGGUCGCAGCCGGUCGUCCAGCGCUGCCAACAGCCCGAGCGGGACGUUCAGCUCGCGGCACGGGUCGUUCCGGCGCCCCGGGUCGGUCGUGGCCAAUGCGCGGCCUAGCUCCGCCGCUCUUGCAGAGCUGGGGCGGCAGCGGGCGCUGUCGCAGACAUCAGAGGCAGCAGAGGAUGAGCCGGCCGAGCUUGAUCUACAGACAGACCAAAGCCUAUUUGGAGCGCUGGUGCAGGCGCUAGGCACGCGGUCCUUCGACCGGCUCGACCCGGCGCUGUCAACGGCAGCAGGCGGCUCGAUUCAUUCAGCAGCAGGCAGCGUGGCGGCGGUGCUGCUGCAUAUGGGUUCAGGCAAGAUCCUGGCGCAGGCGGACUACGAGCGGUACGUGCGCGAGGUGCCGGCGGCCAAGUCGCGGCUGCAGUCGGCACGCACGCGGCUGGCGCUGGAAAUGCGCAUGCGCGACUCGGCCAAAAGCCUGGCGGAGCUGCACAAGAACGGCGGGAUGUUCAAGGCCAAGAACCAGCAGCACGCCGAGGAGCUCAGCAGCGCCAACACCCGGGUGCAGCAGGUCGAGGUCGAAAUCUCCGAGCUAUCCACGAAGCUCCGGCUGAUGGAGAGUGGGCUGCACGACCACCAGGAAGCCGUCCUGGCCGCUGCCCUGCGCUCCCUGGCUGGCGAUGCUGCGCGCAUCGAGGAUGGCGCCCGCGGCUAUGCCCAGCGCAUGAGCGAGCGCUGCGCGUCCCUCGAGCAACAGCUGGCGGGGCUUCGCCUUUCCCACCGCAGCGAGCGCGACCGUCUCACCAGCGAGGCCGCGCAGGCGCAGCGGGCGCUGGAGGAGCAGGUGCGCGUGCUGCAGCAGCGGUGCGUGGCCCGCGAGACCGACGACUCCGACCCCGAGACGCCAUUGACGCGGCACAGCGCCAACCGGGCGGUCGAGCGGCUCACCGGCGAAGUGGCGGUUCUGCGCGAGCACAAGUCUGACGCCGAGCAGCGCGCACGUGCGCUCGAGGCGCGACUCGACGAUGCGCUGCUGCAGAAGCAGGAGAUGCUGCAGCAGCUCACGGAUCUGCGCGCGCAGGCCGCCGAGAUGGCCGAGGCAGCGCAGAACAGCCUGGAGCAGGCACGUGGGCGCGCCGACAAGGGCUGGCAGUGCGUCGAGGCAUUUGCGUCUGGCGUAGCUGCGGCGGUUCCGGCGCUGCGCGAAAUCAGGGCGCUGCACCAGGGCUCCCUUCCCACGCCAUCUGACGACGACGCGGGCUCGACAGUGCCAGCGAGUCCAGCCAUGUCGCUCAAGUUUGUCGACGCAGGCGCCUCUAUUGACGCGCUCGAGAAGCCAACUGCUGAUUCGUGGGACGCACCAGCGGCUACGGGCGCCAUGCAGCUGCUGGCGGCAGCAGUGGGCGGGUGUGCAGGACUGUACAGCGAGUCGCUGAAGCUGCACGAGACCAACAUGCAGCUGCUGAUGGACCUGGGCACCGAGAAGCGCCUGCGCGAGGCCCAGGGCCUGGCCAUUGCGCAGCAGCGCGAGAAGCUCACCCGCGCCUCCGAGAGCUCCGAGCGCCGCAUCGACGAGACCACCAAGGAUCUCGCGGCCAAGCACGACAAGGCCAAGAGUGCGUGGGACGAGGAGCGCCAGCGGCUUCUCGACAACAUCGAGCGGCUGUCGCAGGACGUGAAGGCGAUGCAGGACAAUGCCCAGAUCCGCGCCCUGUCGGUGCCUUCGGCUGACAGCGCGGUGAGCUCACCAGCUGUCAUCGGGAGUAUCGAGCACGUGGCAGACCACAGCCAGCGCAUCGCCGGGCUGCAGCAGGACCUCGAGCUGAAGACCGCCGAGACUGAUUCCCUGCAAAAGCAGGUGGCCGAGCUUGAGCCGCUGCGCAUGCGCUGCAGUGAGCUGGAGGACCAGCUUGCGCAGCUGCAGCAGGACAUGGAGAGCACGGAGCCGGCGGCCGAGCCGGUGUUGGGCGACUACGUGCAGAAGCUGAAGGACGCCAAUGUGCUGCUGGCCAGCGAGCCGCGCACUGACGAAAUCGGACAGGUGCAUGAGAUGUACUCGCUCAAGCUGAUGGCCAAGGAGGAUGCGCUGCGCAACCGCGAGGACGAGCUCGAGGAAAUCUGCGCCAGCAUCGGCGAAAUUGCAGCCACAUUGCAGAUGGCGCUGCCCAGCGACACCGGCUCACUGCCGCGCUCCUCACCAUUGCGGCCGGCGUCGCGCACACGCACCGGGUUCCUGCAGGGCCUCAAGUCCAACUACCUAGGCAUUAGCCCGGAGGUGCCAGCCGAGCCACUGCACCGGGCCCCCAGCUCGCAGUCGCUGGGCACACAGCAGGGCAUAGACGGCGUGCCGCAGCAGGUGGCCGGGCUGGUGCCGCUGGCACAGGCCGCCAGCACCGAAGUCCGGCGGCUCAAAUCGCUAAUCUACGAGCUGGACGAGCAGACGCGGUUGGCGCGCGUCGAGCUCGGCGACACGCAGGAGCGCUACAACAAUCUGAAGAAGCACUGCCAGAUGCGGCAGAUCAAGGAGGACUCGGUGCAGCAGGACAUUGCCCACGUGCUGGCCCAGAUCUCCCGCAUGCGCGACAAGGUGCUGCGCGCCGAGCGCGACAAGGCCAGGCUCGAGAAGGAGGCGGGCGAGCUGUGGGCGCGCUGUCUGAGGGCUGAGGAACAGACCGCCGGUGAGGUCGUCGAGCAGAUUUCCGGCAGACUGGGUUCUGCCGAGUGGGCGAAACGGCCCGAGGAGCAGGUGCCCAGGCCCAGCAAGUUUGCGCAGCUGACCGCCAUCCCUGUCAGCCACCCGCAGGCGGCCGAGAUACGCGCGGAAUUCAACGAGCUGCUGCACCAGGUCAUAGCCCGCCGCGACCAGGACAUUGAGCGCAUCCAGGCCCUGGCCGACCAGAUGCGCGGCGACGCCCGUGACGCCGUCCAGGCCUCUGAGUCCCGGGUAUGGAACACGUCCACGCGCGGCGUGCAGACCGCCUGAACUCCAUUUCUAUAAAUUUUUUUAUGUGUUUUGCGAACUAAUUGACUACUUGUCCUGAAUCCCCCGAUGGCCUGGCAGAGAGCCGGAAUGAUCCGUUACCCAUCUGGCAUGAGAUAAUGCAUAGUUGCUGAGCCUGCCGCUCUCAGGACGAUAACCCCUUUAGCAACCCUGUCACUGCUGCCACACCCGCAGGGGCAGCCCGACGGAACAGGCAUAGGCUAGCGAAUCGGCAAUUUUUUUUGCAAUUGACCUUGGCUCUGUGAACCUGCCUCGCUAGUGGGUUCCUGUCUGAUCUUUAAAGAUAAACCAAAAUAUCCCGCAGUUCGUCAAGGCAGCAGUUUAGAGCACAUCUGGCCAGUGAGUAGUGCUCAGGUGACUCUCGGAGACAAGGGGCUGAGCGAAAUGAAGGAUUUGCUCUUCGGGCCAGCUCCGCUUGUCCGAGUCGGGGGGU